GGGAACAGAAAUGGGAUGCACCCGACUAGCUAACCCGAAGAAGAGUGCGUGAAUGGCCGACGUUUUUAGUAUGGGGUGUUUAUCUUACCUCUAGACAAAAAAUAAAACAUUUUAAUCCGAUAGAUCGCAGUGGAAAUGACAGAAGUGAGUCUGAAGAAGGAACCGGAGGAGUUUAAGCCCGAGGUGGUGGACAGAAGUGUAUUCAAUGAGCUGGAAGGUAACCCAGAAUGCAAAGGUGUCCAGAGCUCAGAAGACACCACCGCAGAUUUUCUCCACAUUAAAGAAGAACAAGAGGAAGUGAAAAUCAAACAGGAGCCGCUCCAAGAUUUCAUCCGUGUUUGUGUAAAGAGUGAGGAGGAGGAGGAGGAAGAGGAGGAGAUCCUUAAAGAUGAGAGCGGAGAGGACACCGAUCCAGAACCAGAAUUAGAGGAACAUCCAGAACCCAACACACUAAAAUGUCCAGUUUGCAAUAAAAGUUUUGAGAAGAAGCGGAAUCUAAGAAACCACAUGAAGGUCCACACUGGUGUAAAACCAUACAGCUGUUCAGUUUGUGGAAAGGACUUUGCAUAUUUACUCACAUUUAAAGCCCACAUGAGGAUUCAUACAGGAGAGAAACCUUUUAAAUGUUCUUUUUGUACAAUGGAGUUUGCGACGGACUAUUUACUCAAAGUACACACGAGGGCUCACACAGGGGAAGAACCAUUCAGGUGUUCAGUUUGUGCGAAGGAAUACACAACUGACAACCUACUCAAAAUUCACAUGAGGACACAUACAGGCGAGAGACCAUUCAGCUGUUCGUUUUGUUCUAAGAGUUUCAUGUUGAACAGCAGUUUAAGAAAUCAUUUGAGAAUUCACACAGGGGAACGACCUUUCAGGUGUUCAGUUUGUGAGAAAGAUUUCACCGAGAAGGGUCAUCUAAUAGCACAUAUGAGGACCCAUACGGGAGAGAGACCAUUCAAAUGUUCAACUUGCGAUAAAGGUUUUACAGUAGUUGGCGCACUGAGACAACACAUGCGAAUUCAUAGUGGAGACAAGCCUUACAAAUGCUCAAAAUGCGCAAAAGAGUUUAAUGUGCAGUGUUCGUUAAAAAGACACAUGAGGACUCAUGAAGAGGCGCAGAGUCGUGCAGAGGAGAGGUUGUAUGCCUGUCCGUUCUGUGCCAAGAGUUACACCGAGAGCAGUAAUCUAAAGAUCCACAUGAGGAUUCACACAGGAGAGAGACCUUUCAGGUGUUCAGUUUGUAACAGUGACUUUCCACAGAAGAGUUCACUAAAAAGACACAUGACGAUCCACACGGGAGAGAAGCCGUUCCCAUGUCCCGUGUGUGCGAAGGAGUUUAGAGUCAAAGGGGAUCUGCAGGUUCAUAUGAAGAGGAUACACAAAUCACAGAAACAAACUAAAAAGAAAAAGGCUUAACUUGAACACAAAAUUAUGUAUACUGUAUUUUGAAAAGGUUAAAAUUAGAUAAGUUUUGGAUAAAUGAAUUUCAUGCAAAUAUUUACUAAUUAUGAUAGAACUGUAAUAGCACCAGACUUGUUUUUCACACUUUGAUGGAAACGGAAUAAACUGUGUUAAACUAUG